AUAAAGGCGUCCAACAGCUCGUUGGAAUCUGUGUACGACAAAAUCUGCUCAAACAUCUACAAUCAACUGCUAAUGAUGGAGGGAAUCGCCAAGAUCAAAAGAAUAGACGCUGAUCUUAUGAUGGAACAGAGUGUAGUGUGUGGAUUACUAGGAUAUUACGAGUUUUUGUCGCCAACACGGAUGGAAAAUUUGAUUAAGUGGCAGCGAGCGAGUGGUUGUUAUGGUGACAUUGAAGAAGAGGAAAAUUCAAAUGGCAAUCACAGCAAGCAGACCAUGAGAAAAAUUCUCAUGGAGAAAGAAUUGUCGGGUAAGCUUUUUCUUUUUUUUGAAUCGCGCCAAUAAGCACUUACAAUCCUGGCCAAAAGGUUUUGGGACGCAGUCUCUUUUUUGCGUGCUUUGUAUGGAAUUUGCAGCUAACCGGCAAUAUAGCCACCGCGAGUGAACGCGCGAGCGAGCAGCAAAGCCCCUCGCAUUCGCAGCUCCUUUCGCGUGUUGCUCUCGCGUGACCUCUUUCGAUUCCCCUAAAUGGAUGCUUGCUCGCAGGCUACUGGAAAUACCGAUCAUAAACACGGCCUUAACAAGGUUUCUCCCCUCUUCCAGAACAAAGAUGUGGCCCAUAAUUUGGGCAAAGUGUCCCAAACGUUUUGUCAAGGAUUGUACUUCACAAGUGGAAUAAAUACCUAGCACUGUUUUUCGUCUCACAUGAAAAUGUUUUUGCAACUCAGCGGAAGGAAAAAAAUAUAUUAAUCCAUAGUUACAUUAUUUACGAGAAAAGUUUCACACGAACCGCAAGGACUUUGGCAGAAAAAGACUCCACAUAUCUGUUUUUUUCCCCAGUAGAAACCGGAUGAUAAAAUAUUGAGUUAGCAAAUGAGACGCUUCAAGAAUGCCAUAUCUUGCACCCCACCUAUCAAAUAUAUUUAGGCAGUAGAUCAUUUUUUUUUUUUCAAAACACUCUGUCCAUAGCAGUCACUUCAAUGGUCGCCAAUAGACAUUUUAACAAGAUUGAAGAAUGAAACCAUUUUACCCAACUGGAGGCCAAAAUAUCGACAACAUUCGAAAUUAAAUCCAAAUUAAGCAACCCUAAUUAUCAAUCCUGAAAAUUGUGUUAAAGUAAAUGAAAAUGAUAAAAACAAUGUUUCGUUAGGGAACCCUUUUCACCCUUAAGAAAGAGUAAAGCAAACCAAAAAGCCUUGAAAGUCAAUUCUGGUUUUUUUGCAAACACCGUAGGUCACUUAUUAGGUCUAGGCCAAACCUCGAACUUUUCAUGAGACGAACCAAACUUAGUGAGUUAACUUCGUGAAAAGUUCGACGUCAGUGACUCGGUUGAGUUCGUCGGACUGAGUUUGGAUCGUCCAACACGUUCUAUCCCUCUGCUUCAGGCUGAUAGAACGCCUGAAGCUUGUCUCCGGGACAAACGUUGAUCUUCACAUGCGACAAACUAAACUAAUAAAUUUACAAAAAUUGUACGAUAAUGUAUAUUUAGCCUUUUUCGAGAGAACAUUUAUUGGAAUUGCUUUUUGUUACGAUUCAGUUGAUUGGCUCGACGUGUCCUAAGUUCGACGUCUGACCCAACAGACGAUCUUAACUUAGUUUAGGACGACCCACAGCUGGACUCAAAUUAGAGUUUGGUUAGUCUCAUGAAAAGGUCGACGUUUGAACUUGGCCUUAGCUUUUUGUUUGUGUUUUGGCAGAUGGGUGCGAAUCACACAUUACAGGAGUUGGGACCGCUCUUCUCUCCAUUUAUCUUCGUUAUCUCAUCGAAAAUGAAACACCCCUAUGGAAUGGACUCGGUUAA